CCCUAGUCGUACUUUGUUUUCUCUUGUUGCCUCACUACCGGUCCCCGCCCUCCAGCUGCGUGGGAAAGCCGCGCGUGAACCGCGGCCCCGCCCACCCGUGAGAACCUCGGGGGAAAGGAAGUGCGUGUUUGCCAGAGUUCCUGGUUCAGAGCGGCAGGCCGGUUAAACCGUUGAACGGUUUUGUCGUUCCCGACUGCCGUCCUUUUUCUCCCGCACCCAGGCAGAGCAUGGGCUCAGAAGGCAGGGAUUCGCCUCGUCCUGAGCCUGCAGCUGGGGCUGGCUGUCAACUUGGGCCGAGGCAGCCCGGGCUGGAGGGGGCUUCGCGGGGAAGCCGGCGCCUGAUGUCUCAGUUCGCCAUGCCCUCCACAUCUGACGUGUUGAGUCAAGAUGAACUACGAAAAAAGCUAUACCAGACAUUUAAGGAUCGGGGUAUCCUGGACACGCUCAAGACACAACUCCGGAAGCAGCUGAUUCACGAAUUGAUGCGCCCUGUCGUGAAUGGAGAGGUGCAGCCCCAGUCUGUUCCAGUGGAAGGGAGUGCCCUCCUGAUAGGCACCUCUAACUCUCUGGUGGCAGAUCACUUGAAGAGAUGUGGCUAUGAGUAUUCGCUUUCUGUUUUCUUUCCGGAAACUGGUGUGGCCAAAGAAAAGGUAUUUACUAUGCAAGACCUAUUAGAACUCCUCAAAAUCAACCCUGAAUCCGGUCUCUACAAAUCACUGAUGUCAGGAUUUGAUAACAAAAACAAAAAAGGUUUUCUCAUGGAGUUUUUAAAAGAAGUGGCAGAAUAUCAUCAGUCCAGAGCGAGCUGUGAUGUGGGAACUCAGACAAGUUCCACAUUGCCUGGCCAAGACUCACUUGUGGAGAAGCUUCAGCUUAUUGAUGAUCAGUUUGCAGGUGCUUACCCUCAGCGUCCAAAGUUAGAAUCCUUAGAAGUAAAGUUAAAUGAAUAUAAAAGAGAAAUAGAACAGCAGCUUCGGGCAGAAAUGUGUCAAAAGUUAAAGUAUUUUAAAGAUACUGAAGUCGCAAAAGUUAAGAUGGAAGAGAAAAGAAAGUCUGAGAGGGAAUUGGCUGAGUUCCGGAACGAAUUGGAGAGAGCUUGUCGAGCAAAAUCUGACGCCCUUAUUUCUCGGGAGAGGUUGGCUUUUGAGAGAAUUCAGAAGCACCAAGAGAUUGAAACCAAGGAGAUUUAUGCUCAGAGACAACUUCUCCUCAAAGAUAUAGACAUGCUAAGAGGCAGAGAAGCAGAGCUGAAACAAAGAAUGGAAGCUUUUGAAUUGGCUCAGCGGCUACAAGAAGAAAAAAAUAAGAGAGCAACCGACGCACUUAGGAAACGGGAGCUGAAUGUCCAGAAUAUUGAGGAGACCUAUGACCAGAAGCUCAAGAAUGAGCUGCUCAAGUAUCAACUUGAACUCCAGGACAACUAUAUCGCUAGAACUCACAGGCUAAUAGAAGAUGAAAGGAAGAAUAAAGAAAAAGCUAUACAUUUGCAAGAGGAGCUCACAGCUAUUAAUGCGAAAAAGGAAGAAUUUGGUCAUUCUGUAAAACGUGUCAAACAGCUCGAGCUUGAGUUAGAGUCGGUCAGAACCCAGUCUUUGGCGAUAAGCAAGCAAAACCACCUGCUGAGAGAAAAGGUGAAAGAAAUGAGUGACUAUUCGCUACUGAAACAAGGGAAACAGGAGCUUCAGGCGCAAAAUAAAUUACUUAAACAACAGCUGGAAGAGACCAGAAGUGAGAACUUGCGUCUUCUAAACCACCUGGCUCAGCCUUCUCCAGAGCUGGUGGCUUUUCAGAAAGAACUAAAGAAAGCAGAGAACGCUAUCGUGUGUGAGCAUAAGGAGUUCGAGAUCCACAGGCAGAACCUGCAGAAGCAGCUGCAAAGUGAAAUUGAACGUUCUGCACAGCUGAAGGCCCAGAUCCUCGAUUACGAAGAUUCCGUAAAGAGGUUAACGAGACAGGUGGCCGAUUUGAAAUUGCAACUGACACAAACCCAGACGGCCCUAGAGAACGAGGUGUACCGCAACCCAAAGAAUUCUCUGCUCGAUCGGCCCAUCAGCGGAAUAACGGGUGGCAACGUGGUGGUACCUCACAAUGGUGACCUGAACGGGGAUUUCUUGAAAGAUGCUUUCGGACUGGAAAGGCUGAUGGCAGGCAUGCUUCUGUCAAGGAUCGCAAGUGACCCAAGUGCGAGCACCGGGAGUAGUUCCCCCGAUUCUGACCUGGAGUUUGUAGCCAAGACCAAGGCAAGGGUGAAAGAGCUAGAGCAAGAGGCCGAACGUUUGGAGAAAGCUUUCCGAACUUACCAUCCAAGAGUUCAUCCACGCCCCACGGGAAGGUCUUCAGCCAAGGGCCCACCACCCCUGCAUGCGACAGGAACGCUCAAAAAGACCACUUCCGGUUUCCCUGGAAGACGUACUUCCACAGAGGACGUGGCUGUCCCUGAGCAGCCUCUGGCAGGCACAUCCGAGGAGGACAGGAGCAGUGCUUCGGCUUCCGAGGCACGGCCGUGCAAGGGCACGUCCUCCAGAGGCCUCUCCUCCACUCCCCUGCCCAAGGCCAAAAGGAGCCUCCUUGCUAAAGUGUAUCUGGAAGGUGGGGACAGAUCCGGUGCUGCUGGCUGCAGUCCUGGUCCUGAGACAACGCCCCAGCCAUCACCCUCUGAGUCCAGGCACAGCCCUUCCCUCCACCUGCUGCCCAGCCCUCCGGAGCAGGCCAGUCUUCAUCAAAGACAGACAGAACUUGAAGAACAAGGAGGACUUGCAGAUCCAGACAAGCUACCUUUUAAGGACAAUGAGGAAUUUGGAGCAUCUUUUGAAUAUGCAGGGAGCACGCCGAGGCAGUUUGAGGUGGACGGCCUCCAUCCUGCUGGCGACGUGCCUCACGUGGGUGCUGCCGCCGCCGUGGUGUCUGCCGGACCUCUCGCUUGUUGCCACCCCGGGAAGCUGAUGACAUUGGAGGAGAACUGGGUGUCAGACUUGUCUGGCCUGGCCCACCUGGUCUUUGCUCUUCCCUUCUCCAGACCGCCUGCUUCCCUCCCCAGUGGAGACUUUUGAGCUCUGCCCCAGGGCUCAGCCAACAGUGGAAACCGUGCUUUUCUUCGCUCUUCCGUCCAAAGAGGUUUCCCUCUGCCACUCUGGAGCCACCAAGUACACCUCGCAGCGAAGGAGCCCUUUCCUCAUUGUCUCUUGAAAUCUUCCCCCAAACGGCAUCCUCGCCCUGAGGUCGCUGCUCCAGACAAGUGACAUGCCUCCAGCGAGGAGGCUGCGUUUCUGCCUAUGCAAGUGGCCAGUGGCCGCCUCUAGGGUUUGAAUUUCAUGACCAGGAUCAAGUGGAGACUGUGCUGCCGCUCUCCUGUGGGAGACGCUAACUUUUGGUUGGUGACUAGAGCACAGCCACGAGGCUGUAAGUCCCGUCGUGAAUCUGUGCUUGUCUGUGUGUUAGCCUUGCUGGGAAAGCUGAGGUUCUGGACCAGAGCUGGAGGAGAGAGGUCAGCGUAGUCCUCUGUGGAACUGAGAUGAAGUUAAACAUGUGAGGCGUGGGGACGUGUGUGGUCAGCCUAGAGAACAGGCGAUUCAAACCUGGACCUUGGCCGGAAGAGACAGAAGUAGGGAGACAGGUGCUUCUGGGUUUUGACAAGGCAGGUACAAGGUACUGUGCGAAUAUGGCGCUGAAGUGGCCACUUGUCACUGUAGGAAUGAGGAGCUCACAGAAGAUGGGGCAUUCAGGUGAGGGCUGGCAUCCUGGGUGGGGCUUGGGGGAAGGGGAGCACAUCUGCUUGAGGAGGACGUGUGAGCGGGUAGCAGGGCAGACGGCGCUGUACUCAGGCACCCGUGUGCGUGCCAGCGCCUAGACGAGAGGUUUCGGACGUGAACGUUCAGGUGAUCCAGGAGGUCAGGCAGGAAGGGAAAAGGCAGGUGGGCACUCGACCGCCACGGGUUUGGAUUCCACCGGAGCGGAGCGUGUGCACAGCACAUCCGGAAGUGACUGGUGCUCAUGCAGGUGAAGGUGGGCUGCCUGGAGAGACCUUGGUCACGGAGACCCUUGACCAAGUGAUUUCGGCCACCCGGGUGAACAGUGAUGAGGACCUGAACUGCAGCAGGAGGAGGAAGAGGAAAGUGUAAGCCCUGGUGACCGAGUGGACGUGGUGUGGCAAGAGCAUGACUCCAGGGACAAGGAUGAGGAGUUCAGCUAGGAAGCCAGGGCUUCAGGAUCUCCUGUGUCAAUGGCAGGGAGCCCGGUAGAAACGUGGGUGUGAGCAAACACGGAGAGAGGUCAGGACCGGAGAGGGAGGUGUGGGAAAGGUGGGGGAUCAGCCCGGCGGAGGUGGGCGGCGGCAGCUACUUGGCUAGACCAGGGGGAGGGUGUGGUGGUGUCCCAUGGGGGGUGCAGGAGAGACUGCAGCACCCCUGCACGGGAGCAAGGCGGGGAGUUACAAGAGGGCUGUGUCUGGGCGCCGGGGCGGGGGGUGCUCAAUCAGGUAAGUAUUGGACUCUGGGUUUCUGCUCUGGUCAUGAUCUCCUGUGUGGGUUUGAGCCCACGUGGGGCUCUGUCCUAACUGCACAGAGCCUGCUUGGGAUUCUGUCUCUCCCCUUCCCUCUGACCCUUCCCCACUUGUGCACACACACUUUUGCGUUCUGUCUCUCAAGUAUACUUAAAAAAAAAAAAAGGGGGGGGUGGGGGCUGUGUAAAUGAAUAGGGACUAACGGUUAAGUCUGAAUCCUAGAGAUGGGGGGAGGCUCCUAACCAGAGGCAGAAGUGGAAAAGUAGGGCUUGGGAGGUGGGCAAAGACGGGGAGAAGAUGUGAUGGGGGGGCAUGGGAGGCAGCUAAAGUCAUCGUGGUCAGGGUGGCUUAUCUGCAUCUCAGCCAAGUAAAGGUGGGGCGCGGUGCUCGGAGUGGGUUUGGGGGCUCACAGAUGGAACAGGCCAAGAGCCCUCUGAGAACCCGGCAGAUUCUUCCUGAGUCUUGGGAAGGGCCCCUGCGAAGCAGUCCUGCUUAUAUCUGAAAAAUCUGAUGCUGGAAACGACUUGCUUUUUAUUUUCUGUCCCACUAGGUGUAGAUAAGAAACCAAUGGGAGAACAGAAGGAAGAAGAA